UUCCAACAAACAAAACACUUCCUGACCGCACGUGAUUCGCUGCCUUGAAGUGGACGGGGUGUCCGCUCAGGAUGUCCCUUUUUUGAUUUUAACGGAUUAAUUUCCCCCAGGUAUUUGUACAUGACGAGCGGUUUGAAAUGAACUCAAGGGACAGAGCUUCGUCUCACAGCGUUGACAAUAACAACCGGCGUCGCCUCCUCUCCUCUCCAAUCCUCAUGAGAAGUUUGAGCGGUGCUGGUUGACAGGACUCUUUACCUGUGGUCCACAUCUUGGAAUACAAAGCUACUGAACCAUUCUUUCCCACGGAGGCUUGCAUGCAUCAGUGGCAAGAAAUUGCAUUUCGUGGUAGACUACAGCAAAGGAGACACGGUGACCUUUCAGGAGGAUGGAGGUGGGAACUGAGCGCGGCGGCGUGCAGAAGGACAGAAAAACAUGUGCCUCCUCCUGCUCCAGUCUCAAGAUGUUCCUGGUGGCUUUGUCCUUUGCUUAUUUUGCAAAGGCUUUGUCGGGGAGCUACAUGAAGAGCACAAUAACUCAGCUGGAGAGGCGCUUUGACAUCCCCAGUUACCUAGUGGGCAUCAUUGACGGGAGCUUUGAGAUGGGUAACCUGUUAGUAAUAGCUUUCGUCAGUUACUUUGGCGCCAAGCUCCAUCGGCCAAAGAUCAUUGCAGUGGGUUGCGUACUGAUGUCUGUUGGCACCUUCAUCAUCGCAUUGCCUCACUUCAUCACUGGACGUUAUGAAUUUGAAUCAUCUGCACGGUGGGAUGUGAAUGCUACCCCAAACCUCUCACCUUGUCCGUCCGUCUCACCAACUGAACCCAGCCAAUAUAGUCAAUUGUCUGAGGUGCCAGCGACAGGUUGUGAAGGAGAUUCCAACCUUUCCAUGUGGAUAUAUGUGCUCCUUGGAAAUGUCCUACGAGGGAUUGGAGAGACUCCUGUUCAACCUCUUGGGAUCUCCUAUAUAGAUGACUUUGCUAGUGAGGAGAAUGCGGCAUUGUAUGUGGGCUGUGUGCAGACCAUUUCGGUGGUGGGGCCAGUCUUUGGCUACCUGCUAGGCUCUUUAUGUGCAAAGAUUUAUGUGGACAUUGGAUUUGUAAAACUGGAAAGCAUCAGCAUCACGCCAGCAGACUCCCGCUGGGUUGGAGCCUGGUGGUUGGGCUACAUCAUAGCAGGGAUCAUCACCCUGCUUUCUGCUGUUCCAUUCUGGUUCCUACCACGCUCAUUGCACAUUUCAGGUAGCGAGCGCACCCCAGGGAAGCCGGAGCAGACAAGUUUUAUAAAAAACUCGGCCCCCAUAAAGCACAAGUAUCCCGCGGAGGAGCGCAUGAGCUUCAUAGAGAUGGCAAAAGACUUUUUUCCAACUGCACGGACUCUACUGGGACACCCUGUGUAUUUGAUCUACCUGUGUGUGACAAUCAUCCAGCUCAACUCUCUCAUCGGCAUGGUUACCUACAAGCCCAAGUACAUCGAGCAGCACUUUAGGCAGUCUGCCUCCAAGGCAAACUUCCUAAUGGGUGUGAUUAACAUCCCCGCCGUUGCGAUUGGGAUUUUUUCUGGUGGCCUCCUGAUGAAGAAGAUGAAGCUGAACAUAAUGGGAGCAGCAAAGUUUGCCUUCGUCACAUCUUUCAUUGGUUAUAUCCUGUCAUUGUUUUUCUUUGCGAUGAGCUGUGAGAACGCCAAGAUGGCUGGGGUGACGCUUCCGUACAACAGUGUGACGGGGAUAUCUUACGAAAAGCCGUCUGUGUUCAAUGCCUGCAAUUCCCAAUGUUUUUGUUCAACAAAUAACUGGGACCCAGUUUGUGGAGGGAACGGCAUCACGUAUGUUUCUCCUUGUCAUGCUGGCUGUACCAGCUCUACUGGCUCAGGGACAAACACAGUCUUCUCCAACUGUAGCUGCGUCGGUGUGGCUGGCAACUUCACGGCCUCUACAGGUCAAUGCCCUGACAAGGAUGACUGUGACAGGAUGUUCCCGUACUUCCUAGCGCUGUCCGUCAUCACUUCAUUUAUCAUCUCCUUGGGAGGCACACCAGGCUACAUGCUUCUCAUCAGAUGCAUCAAACCGCAGCUAAAAUCAUUUGCCUUGGGAUUCCACGCUCUGGCAACACACACUCUUGCUGGAAUCCCAGCGCCCAUUUACUUCGGCGCAAUCAUCGACACCACUUGUCUGAAAUGGGGACAGAAGCGAUGCGGUGGAAUAGGGGCCUGCAAAAUAUACAAUACCACGGCCUACAGGAUAGCAUACCUGGGCCUGACUCUGAGCCUGCGGACAAUCUCCUUUCUCAUUUGCAUCCCAGGCUUCAUCCUGCUUAGCAGGCAGCUACAGAGGGAGGAACGGGAUGCCCUCCGUGGGUCUCUGACCAAUGGUGGAACUGAGCUGGAGGCGCUCAGAAAGGAAGAAUUUGUCAUCACAAAUUCUGAGCCAUUACAAAGAAGUAAAGACAAUGGCACGGGACGCGAGACGCGACUGUGAUUCUCGUCACACACGCACACACACGCAGCUACACGUGAGAUUUGCAAGGACUCGUUAAAUAUGAUCAUAUGAAGCAGGGCUCUUCAAUGAAGUCUAGAUCAGGGGUCCUCAAUUACAUUCGUCCAAGCACCAAACCUUUUCUCGGCAGUUCAAAUUUCACCACUUCACUUGGUUAUAAAAAAUAUAUUACCGAUAAUUAAUAAAUCAUGCUUUUUUUGUGGUUGAAUAUGGUCUAUUAUUAAUAAAACAAGAAACAUAUUGAAGCACAUUUUGCAUUUUCCAGCAGGAAAAUGGCUAAAUGAAGUAUAACACAAAUAUAAGACAUUGAGAGGAUGCAUUCAUAGAUGCUGACAAUGAUCUCUUUUUGGGCUGUCUUUGACUCAGGAUUUUUAUGGUCGACACGUUGGAUAUGAUUCCCGAGAGUUGGUCCUUACUCAACCAAUGGUAGAAUUUUUUUUUCAUCAAAAAAACCCCACUAUCGGGAUAUAAAAUGAAGUUGGUGUAACAGCCAUACAAUACGCUAAAAACGAUGUUGUCAUGUGAUAUGUACUUCGCUUUCUUUGGCUCAUCUUUAACCUUUUCAAAGUCAACACUUCCUCCACGUCCUAAAGUUGCUCUAAGUCAGCAUGCGUUACGAGCGUUAUUGCCGUCUACCCCCCCACACCUUGAAAAGCAGCUCAGACCGACACAGUACAGACUCGAUAAAUAGUCGACUAUAUGAAGGUGUCAGUCAUUUUAGUGUCAUAUUCGGUGAGACAAUACCGGAACAACAGCCUUUUAUUGCAGGUUUGACAUCUUAUUACUGUUAUUGCCGUCUAUAACCCACACCUUGAAAAGCAGCUCAGACCGACACAGUACAGACUCAACAAAUAGUCGACCAUUUGAAAGGUGUCAGUCAUUUUAGUGUCAUAUUCGGUGAGACAACACUGGAACAACAGCCUUUUAUUGCAGGUUUGACAUCUCACGACAGGAACAAUAAUCCCUAAUGAAACCUUAACGUUACUACCUGUCCGUCGGCAAGGGAACACAUUUAUAGUAACACACGAGUACGAGUCAUGGUUUAUUUACUUAUAUGUCUUAUAUUGGGUUAUAGAUGACUAUAGUUAUGCCCACUGGCACGGGUGCCAUGUGUUGUGGAUGCCAGAGCAUAGACAAAGGCAAUAUGGCGUAUUGAAGGUAUUGUAAUGACAACCAAAGGUGCAACAAAAGACGUCGGUGACAUGUGGUCACUGGGAAGUAAAAGUACAUAAAAGUACACAACAUCAGUGAAUAGUUGGCAGCAAGGAAUAAAGGCAUAUAAGGAUUCCAAGCAGUAUGGCAGGAGAGAAAACAAAGCAUGUACAAUGUUGACAAUGUGACAAAGGACUAGCAAGGCGGCAUGGUUUAAGAAGGCCUAAUAGCAGAUGAGGCGCAGGUGUGCUGGUCAGAGGAGCAGGAUGGAGGAGCCCUCUGCAGGACGGCAACGCCGAGACAGCAGAGGGCAGCAGAGAGAGCAGAGUGCAGAGUUAUUUAUUUACAUUAUUUCAUGAGGGCUAUAAUAUUGUUAAAAAGUUGACACGAUUUUGGUGACGUUUGUCCUGCAAAAUGAAAAGCUUUGGUCACAAAGGCUGCUUAUUGAGGACCACUGGUCUACAGAUGACUAACAUUAUGCUGGAGCCAAUACACAUAUAAUUUCAUAUCAUUUAAACGACAUUUGUUGUACUUUUUCCAACACUUUUAUAUUGCACCAAUUCACAACAGAGGUUCCCUCUGUACUCAUGUAGCAGGUCUGGAACCAUACCUCCUGGCACCCAGAAGAAGUUCUUGUUUUCGAUUACUGUACCUGAUUGGAGUGAUAAUACUGUGCUACAGCAGUUGGGGUGUGUCACAACAUGUUUUUUGUGCUAUAUUUUUUGCAGUGGACAAUGGCAUGUAGUGCCAACUCCAUUAUUGCAUCCAUUAUCUUUGCUGUAACAGUGGAACCUUGGUUAGCGUCAUUAAUCUGUUCCACGAGGUCGUACUGUACUGAAUACGGACUGUAAUCCAAUCGUUUUUUUCCCCAUAACAAAUUAAGGCAUUCCAGAAAGCCAAAAAAUGUUAACAAAAAACAUGAUUUAUGGUUUUACAUGCAUAAAACAAUGAUGAAUGACGAAUCAAAGGGACAAACACACAAUGUGGCAGCGAGAUCACCACCUUCCUGUUCAUAUUUCUUGAAUUCAGUAGUUUCUCACCACAGGUCUCUGCUUUUCUGCCAUAGAAAGUUGCGAGUGCCAUUUCAUAAGGAAGGUUGACAAAUAUAAGAAAUAUGUCAUGGCAAAGCAAGAAUGUGGCACUCUUGUUGGUCUCUGUGUGUCUUUGUCAUCACAAGGUCAAAAUAAUCCCAUUCAGUCAUUUAUAUGUAUUCCCAAUUGUUCUAUGCAUGUACAAUCUUAAAAUUGCAUUUUAUGUUAACAUUUUUUAAGCUUUUCAGAGCAUAGAACUCCAGAGUCAGACUUCCUUUUCCUGCUUCUAUAUCGUAGCACACUAAUAGGUUGCUAACAAGGACUUUUUCUAAUAAUAAAACUAAAUACCACCUUAAGAAAACAAUGUCUGGAUAUAUUUAAUUAUCUUGUGCCCAUAAAACAGGCUGGUUGCCAUAAAGGUUUUACGAUGCCCAUAGAUGGACCCCAUACAUAGUGAUUUUUUUUUCUUUUAACAACCGGCAUAAUGGAAAAGAGUGUGUUAAUUUCGGAGGUUCCACUGCUAACUCCUUUGGUUUACCUUUCCCUGGAGAAAGUGGCAUGUUGAGUGUAAGUGCAGAACACAAAAGGUGUGGACAAUGCAAAAUAGCCUUUUAUUCUCAACACACACUGUGCUUUUCUUUAUCUCAGGUAAAAUAAACAGGCACAUGACCUGGGGCCUUCAAGUUAAAUACGUAUAUAUAUUUUACAAUGUUCAAAAUAUAUAGUGAAGUGUUUAUUUUUUCACUUAAAAUAUACAUACUAAAAUCUGUACUGUAGGUUUGAAAAAAGCUGUCCAUUGAGCAACAACAAUAAAUAAAAAAGUACCUUAUUUAUUUGCA